UCAAAUUCGAGACAUCAAUCCAGAAGCUCAAUUUUUCUGGCAACGGACUCUGUCUAACCUGCUCAAUGAUAUCUAUUUGAACCACCGAAGAAGACAAAUGUCUCUGUCACUGUUACCACGCUCUUCUAGCAGCCCGAACUGACCGGUCAAACCCACCAACAUGGCAGGCCUGUACAGACUCUGGCACAACAAACACAACCCUCCCUCAGACUUCUCCCAAGUAUCAUUCCACGAUAAAACAAUCCUCAUUACGGGUGCCACUUCCGGCCUUGGCUUUGAAGCAUGCCUCAAAUUUCUACGGCAAGGUGUCUCUUCACUCAUAAUCAGCAGCCGAGACCAUACGCGCGGCCAGCAAGUCAAACGAGAGCUCGAAAGUCUUACUGGCCGUGUCGGCAUUGUGGAGGUAUGGCCUCUGGAUAUGAGCUCCUUCCGAAGCGUGGCUGAAUUUGCAUCGCGUGUUAACGACGCCGAGUUGAAGGGUAGGAAAUUAGACGUGGUUGUCUUGAAUGCGGGUAUAAUGCAUCGCGACUUUGUGCUUUCGCCGGAUGGGUGGGAGGAUACAUUGCAGGUUAAUACGCUUUCAACAACGCUUCUUGCAGCGCUUUUAUUUCCUAAGCUGCGAGGAUAUGACACCUCCGGGGCGGUAGCAAGUGAGAGCGAUGUACCACAUCUGGUUAUUGUGUCGAGUGGUACUGCUGUUCGUGUCUCUCAUAAGGAUCUACCACCACCACCACCAUCUUCUUCUUCUUCUUCUUCAUCUUCAUAUUCUUCAUAUUUCUCACAUCCGCUCCUGGAAUAUCUAAAUCAACCAUCAACACGCAAGAAAUAUGCAAUCUCCAAACUUCUCCUCGAAUACGCAUCCCGUUCCCUCGCAGAUUUAGCACACAACGACGAUGGGAGUUUAAAUGUAAUCGUAAACACAGCUAAGCCGGGUUUAUGCGCUUCGUCCCUGGGACGACAAUAUACUACUCGCUGGUACGAGCGUUGGGCUGCUCGGCUUUUCAAUUACUUAUUUGCUCGUCCUGCGGAAGUCGGAGGUAGGGUUUUGGUUAGUGCAUGUGUGCAGGGUUAUGAGUCUCAUGGGAGGAUAUGGAAGGGGGAUGGGUAUUUCGAUGAAACGUGCACGCUUUUGGCAGGCGAGGAAGGGAAGAGACUAAAGCAACAGGCUUGGAGUGAGAUUGUGGAUGUCCUCCAGGAGCAGGCUUCGCAUCUGAAUAUCACACUUGACCUUGAACGUACAAGAUAAAUGAUCUUCAAAUGCUGCAUGGUAUCUCAUUGUUGGGUAUAGCUAGGUAUAUAAAUACAAUUCUAAUCCUGUAAACUC